AUGACAUGGCCUCAUACUCGUAUAAAAAUACCAAGAAAUCGUGAAGCGAGAGGUAUACUUCUCUGGAAUGACUACUUUGCUAACAACCCCACCUUUCUACCUAAUGUUUUUCGUAGGAGAUUCAGAAUGCGGCGAGAAUUGUUCAACCGAAUAUUGGCAGAUGUAGUGUUUAGAAAUCCUUACUUUGCUCAAAAAAGAGAUGCUUGUGGCGUUCUUGGAUUAACCCCUCAUCAGAAAGUAACUGCAGCAAUCCGAAUGUUAGCUUAUGGGUAUGCAGCAGAUGCAAUAGAUGAGUACUUGCGUAUUGGAGAAACCACUGUUUUGGAAGCAACUCGUAGGUUUUGUAAGAAGAUUGUGGUAUUGUAUGGGAAAGAAUAUUUACGCUCACCAACUGCGGGUGAUGUUGAACUGUUGCUGAAAGAAAACAAAGACAAGGGAUUUCCUGGGAUGCUGGGUAGCGUGGAUUAUAUGCAAUGGAAAUGGGAUAGAUGUCCGUCAGCAGAAUCAGGGGCAUACACCGCGUAUAAAGGGAGUGAAAGUAUUGUGCUGGAGGCAGUGGUGUCAUAUGAUCUCUGGUUUUGGCAUGCAUUUUUUGGUAUGCCCGGCUCCAGCAAUGAUAUUAAUGUAAUGAAUCGUUCUUAUAUUUUUCGAAAACUUAUCAACGGGAAAGCACCACCAGUGAACUUUGUCGUAAACGGGCAUGCAUAUGAUAUGGGAUAUUAUCUCGGUGAUGGCAUUUAUCCAGAGAUUGCUACUAUUGUGAUGGCCAUUAAACAACCAGAUUCCCAGAAAAAACAUACAUUUUCAUCGAUGCAGGAGGGUGCACGGAAAGAUGUAGAGCGUGGAUUUGGUGUACUGCAACAACAAUUUGCCAUUGUCAAACAACCUGCACGAAUGUGGAAUCUGGAUGUCGGCACCGGUGAGUAUAUCGAGGGAAGGUAG